CAGUUAAUAUAUGCUUUUAAUUUGUAGCAUUUAUCAAUAGUCUGUGCAAUGAAACCAAAGAAAAUGCUGUUGUCCAAUUGUUAUCUCAUCUUCCAUUAUUACGACCAGGAAAUAAUGAAGCAAAAUUGCAGUAUCUUAGUUUGAUACCAAAGAUACUAUCACAUUCAAUUGAAAACUGUGUUCACAUUGAGGAGAGUCGUCAGUUAUUGUCUUAUUCUCUCAUUCAUCCAGCCAUAUCUAAUGAUGAUAGACGUUCUCUCACACUUUGGUUGCGUCAUCUUGAAGAACGCAUGAGUAACUAUGGUCCCAUUAACGAUAGCAAUUCUGUGACUUCUCAAUUGCAUCUUCCUAUAUGUCGUAACUUAACUACUCCAACCUGUACUCAGUCAUUUUCAAGUCAUAAAUCAACUACUUCUGAACAUGUUUCAGAAAAUGAGAAUGUCCAUCCACCAUCUAAACAUAAUUCUGAUCAUGCGCCUCUUUCACCACAAAGUAGUGUUGCAUCUUCUGGUAGUGGUAGUGAAAGUCAUGCAGAUGAAGCAAAAAGUAGCUUUAAUAUUGAUGGAAGUGGAAUGAAAGAUGUGCCAGCGUGGCUAAAAAGUUUAAGGUUACACAAAUAUUGUCAUUUAUUUUCUCAUGUAACAUAUGAAGAAAUGAUGAUGUUGACUGAAGAAGAUCUUGAAAUGAAGAAUGUAACUAAAGGAGCUCGUCACAAGAUUAUAUUGAGCAUUCAGAAAUUAAAAGGAAGACAGAAUCUUUUGCGAUGUUUAGAAAAGGAUAUACAAGAAGGUGGAAGCAUGUGCAGUGCCUUAACAGAGCUGAAAGCUAUGAUUCAAACCCCAAUUAAAGCUUUUCAGUCUUUAAAAGAUUCUUCAUUAGAAUCGCAAUCAUUACUUUGUUGUCCAUCUCAAAAUUCUGAUGCUGGUGUAUCAGAUAAUGAUCUUGCCUCGGCAGUGCCUGAUGGAGAUUUGCCAGGACAGUUCACUCGAUUAAUGGGAAAAAUUUGCACAAAUCUUUUAGUUUCGAGUAAGCCAGAUGAUGAAAAUUUGAAUGCAUUCAUUAUGCUCAUUGAUAAGUGCCUUAGCCAUGAAGCAUUUACUCCACUUCAAAAACGACGAUUGUUUUCAUGGAAACAACAAAUACAAAAAGCUUGGCAUCCGUUACCUUCUCGACGUUCUCUGGAUAGCAGGCAAAACCGAGGGAAAUGGUCUGGAAUACACAAUUAUCAAGCUGGUAAUGGAACUCUUUCUCAAGGAACUGAUUUUAGUGCCAUAGCAACAGCUGGAUCUGUUGCAGCCAGAAGACGUGCACCACCUCAUUAUCAGCAUCACAAUCAGAGGGUCUCUCUUGUAAGACAAGGUUUAUCAGGUUCUCAAAUAGCACAACGAAAUCCUCUCUCUGUGGUUAUUAAACGUCCAAGUCUACAAGAUCACCUAAAACCACAUGUACCUGUUCAGAGAACACAUUCUGCUCCUGUUAGACCAAAUCCUCUAGCUUCAAUAUCUUGCAAGACUUCAGAAGGAAAUGAUUCAGUGGUUCAAGAUCCAGAAAUAAAUACAAGAUUAGAGACUCUCUGUCUCAGUGUUACUGAACAUGCUCUAGGUGGUCUUGAUGGUAGUAUUACUCUGCAGUAGUGAAAUCCUUCAUUCUAGUUGAUUGGUGGAUCCCAUGUGCCAAUUUGAACUGUCUUUGGAGAUGGUCCAUAUCAUCCCUCAAAUCAUUUUUCUAAUCUCUCUUGAUGGACAAUAUAAAAUUGUGCAGUUUACAAGUGAGCAAAAUAACUUGAUAGUCACAAAUGAUAUGGACAAAUGUAAAAAAAAAUUUUUAACACACUUUUUUUAGAGGACCAAGCAACAAAUUGUAAUAUGUGCCGUACAGAAUUGCUGUACAUUAAAAAAUAUAUAUAUUCUGUUAUUGUUAAUAUCACUAAAAAACAAAAAAAAGUCAUGAAAUUGUGCCGUACAAAAUAGUCUAUUGUAUAUAACAAAAAAUAAGGUAUCAAAUGUUAAAAAACUUAAUUUUUUUUAUAUUCAUUUGAUUAUAUAUUACGUAUUUUCAUUUUUUUAAGUUGGAAUUGCUUUUUCCAAUUUUAUUUCGAAGUUUUAAACUGCUGGACCAGUCAUUUAUAAUUUAGUUGGCAUAUGAAAAUAGCCAUUUCUGCACCAAAAAAGUAUUUUAGAAAUACUCAAACAAUGAUACUCAAGAAAAACUAGAUCUUGAAAAGAAUUUUAUGUUUAAAAGAUAGUGUAGAUACAUAAAUGUUCCAUAAGAUGCAAAAUAUUGUUAGUUUUAAUUUUGCCCAUACAAAUCUCUACAUUAAUAAAUUAAAAAUAUUUAAUAAGAAAGACAUCUGAAAAAUAAGUUUUCUGUUUAUUUGUGCAAAAUUUAUAAUUAUAAUGGAAAAUCUCAAAAUAUUUUCUUCCAUAUCCAAUAUUAGCUCACAUUAUCCUUCCAGUCAUUGAUAAAUAUUGGUUAGAAUCAAUAGUACAACUUAUAUUUUAAAGUAUGAAAAUGUAAGUCAAUUUUUAUUCACAGUUAACUUAUUAUUUUAUAGAACAAAAUUUCUGUGCAUGAUGCAUAGUUCAAACCUGAUUUGAUAGCUACAUUUAUGAAAAUGAAGCUGUCAAAUCAGGCUGAAAGAAAUAAAACCUUUGUAAAAAGUUUAAAAAUCCAGUUCAAAGUAUAGAUUUUUAGGUAUAUAAAAAUCAGACAAGUCAUAUUUUCAUGAUUAUUUUUAUGCAAACAUUUUUAUAUUUCUGCUAACAUUAGGCAAAUAAUUACCAUUUUAAACAAGACUGGAAAAUCUGAUAUACUAUAAAAACAGUGUGUUAAUUUUUUACAGUUGCUCUAAGUGGAUUGUUCAACUGCAUUGUUGAAACAGUUUUA